AGUGUUUUGUAGUCUCACACGAAUACGUAUAUCAAAAAGGGCAGUGCCGUGCUCGUACUGCACUCGUUACACAACGACGUACUUUUCUUUAUUCCCGGGCAAACACGCUUUGAAUGGAACGCGGUCGUACAAUCAACGAUCAUAGAACUUAACAGUAAGGAAGAAGUGAGCUUUAGUGUUUUUGUGAAGCUUGUUUUGCCAUCAACCCCUCCAUACUUUGAUUUUAUCUUCUUCUUCUUUGCCCAGGUAAACGUACCACAUAGACUGCAACAUAGAACGCUGCACAUUUUAUCGCCUAAAGAAGGAGAUGUUCUCCGAGUCGGACGAAGAUGAGCAGUACACCGUACAUGAAGUGGACGGCAAGGAAGGUGUAACUCCGCAGCCUGACGUGUCACUGAAGCCAGCGGAGGCGCCGGAGGCGGUGAUGAAGGCAGACAACGCAGCCGCCGCGUCUCCUCUUGCUCGGUACUAUCGACUUGGCACAAAGCAGCGCCACGCCUUCGAUGAGCACAUGCGACGACUGAGAGAAGAAGCGCAAAGGACCCAGCAGGAGCGCGAGUUCCGCCAGCACUACCCUUUCCGCCCAUCGCGUGAGACCGCAGCGUACACUACGCUAGAGAGAGAGGUAAACGUUCCUCCCAAGAAGGAGCGAGGCGAUGAGGCACUGGUUGAACAACCCCGGGAAACCGUUAGCAUUUCAACGACACCGGCGAAGCCCGUCUUUCACCGUCUCGCAGCACAGGCCGUGCAACUCGAACUGCGCCGCCGUCAUCGCGAGGAGCAGAAGCGCCGCGCGGAAGCUGCCGCCCUGCGCGACGCCUUCCAACCCGCCAUCAACCGUCAAGCACCCGUGUACACCGAUGAGCUGUGCCACCUUGACGACGUUCCAGUCGAGGAACGGUUGCUGCACUAUGGCGAAACAAUCGCACGCGAGCGUCAGCGCCGGCAGGAGAUGAAGGUGCUAGAGGAACAAGCUGUCCUGCAGGCGGCCCAAGCUGCCGGGACGGGUGGCAGCGACAGUGCUCUCCAGCAAAUGAACCCUGCGGAGCGGCGACGCUUGCGCGAAGAGUUUGAAGAGCGUAACACCCGUUUUCUUGCGCAGAAGGCGCAGCACCGCGUACGCGCGGAGAAAGAGGCAACAGGAACGUUUUCCUUCCAACCGCAGAUUUCUGCCACUUCGGCAGCACUAGACGAUGCGCGUCAGCGAGAGGUUGUGCAGGCUCGAAAAGCAGAGCUGGAAGAGCUGCUGGACCGCACCGCUGACGGCGCGCCGUUCACGGUGAUUCAGCACAGCACGAGCGGCAGUCGCGAUGUAAGUCGUCGCAGUGAUGCACUCUACGCCCAUGCUGUUGCACGGCAGCGCAAGCUGAGUCAACCACUUCGUCAGCACGAAAAGAUCAACAGUGCGCGCGACAAGAGAGGUGUGCUCGACGGUAGUGGCAAGCAGACCUCUACGAGCUCCGCGUUUGCCCAUGAGGAGGAACCGCCGUAUCAGCCGCGGACCAACCCAACCUCCAGCAAGUGGAUCGCCAGCGGCCCUCAUCGACACUUUUUCGAGCAGGACUUCGUAUGCAGACAGGCGCUUUACGCGCAGGUAAGGGAAGAAGAAGCCAACCUGAAUGCAGAGGUGGAACCAAAGAUGGCCGCAUCGCCGAAUGCAGCAAGAGGCACAACGAAUAGCGACGCAGGCGACAGGUUAGUAGCGGCAGCAGCGACAACAAAGGCAUACAAGGCGAACACAAAGGUUUUAAAUGAGCGACUUUAUUACAGUGCGAAGAAGGCAAGCGAAGUGGCGCGUCGGCGACGUGAGGCUUCGCUGAACGCACAGGAGUGCCCUUUCCGUCCAGAGCUGUCGCCUGGAACUCAGUACGUUCUGAAGCGCAUGAAGCCGCUGCGUGACGGUGACGUCGUCAAAAGACUGACCGGCGCAGUACCGCCAUUGGCGCAAAAAAGAGCUGAAAUCGACGACGAAAAGAAAGAUCUCUACGAGCCGACGCCCAACACGCGACGAUCUGACAGUCUCAACACUCGUUCCGCGUCGCCUUCUGCAUCGCAGGGUCUUUCCACGGAUGGCGCGAGGGCGGAGCCACCGCAGCAACCGCCGCGGAAGCGUUCCAUGGUCACACGUGAUCAAAUUGAGCACUUUUACCAACGCCAACUCGACUUUCUGCAGGAGCGGCGGGACCUCAUUCAGGAACGCAGAGAGGGCGAGGUGGUUCAGGAGCUUGUCGAGUGCACUUUUCGGCCACGCACGAACGUCGACCGACACGACGGCGCUGCUGCCUCUCCUCGCACGACCGGCUGCGCCGAAAAGUCGGAGGAGCGCGGACCCUCGGUGAAUCAGGUCACGGGUGUGACAGGCUUCUUAGAGCGCCAAAAGACGGCCCGACAGCGCAAGGCGGCACAGGAGGAACUCGUGCGCACGAUGGGCCUGCCCCGUCACAAGUCCGCCGCCAAUCUCAAUUUCGUUACCGGGACAACGGUUCUGAGUCCCUUCACGCUGCAGACGGCGCAACGGCAGCAGCAGCGGCGGCGCUCCUCCUGCUCCCCAUCGACCCAGCGCACGCUGUCACCGGCGAAUGGGGUGGAGUGCGGGGAGAACGCACGCACGUGGGUGAAUGAGCUAACAUCAUCCGAGCGCGUGCUGUACGACGCUCUGGAAGAGUCGGAACACUACCCCGCCUCGUCCACGGCGCCGCUUCAUCCCCUUCCCGGCUACAUCCGGUCCGAGGAGGAAGGCGACGACGACACCGUGUACCUUGACGAUGUGGAAGGUUACGCCUACACCGCGGCGAAUGAUCGUGGCGACGCUGAUAGUGCAGAGGCCGCGUACAUGCCUCGUCCAUCUCUGCCGCUGAUGCUGCCGACCUGUCGCGACGUGGGUGCCGAGGCGCACCGUGAGAAGACCUCCCUGUUCUCCUCUCUUUCCCCCAACACGUUUUCGGGCCGAAGUCUUGCCGCUAGGGCGGCGAACCGGCACCAGGCAGACGGUAGCGCAGCGGCACGGUCGCACUCGUCUGAGAAGCCAUCCGCGCUGAAAGGGACAGUCGCGGCGCAGCUCACCUCCAGCGCCCAGCGGCGCAAGCAGAGGCGAACGGUCUCGUUUGCUGUCGACGGGUCCGCCUCCUCACCGCUAGGUGGUCGCAAAGCUCUUGCUGUCAGCUCUCAUGCGGAUCCGACACGACGCCUUUCGCAUUAA